AUGUGCUGUGUGCCUGGAGGAGAGCCUAGAAGUGGCAAGAGAUUUGACUUGGGAGGUGGGAGGGGACAUGACACAUACGAUGACAGUGUAGGGCAGAGGGAGUCAAACCUGGAGUGGUUUCCUGCCUCUUGGAAGGAGUCCUUGGUAGUGCUUCCAACAUUUAUUUUGGAGAAAAGAUCCCUGCUGGAGAUGUAUGCAAAUUUCAUGGCCCAUCCAGACCUGUUUUUGUCAAUUGCAGCUGGAGCCACUCCUGAGGAAAGAAUUAUCUGCUUUGUGGAGUAUUAUCUAACAGCUUUUCACGAAGGCCGAAAGGGAGCGGUUGCCAAGAAGCCCUAUAACCCUAUAAUUGGUGAAACGUUUCAUUGCUCGUGGGAUGUGCCUAAAGAUAAAGUGAAAGCAUUCAGAACUAACGGUGUCUCCACGGUUUCUAAGGACCCAGCCAAGGAGUUUGGCCAGGACCAGUCCAUGUGCUACAAGCUGAGGUUUGUAGCUGAACAAGUAUCCCAUCAUCCACCGGUAUCUUGCUUUUACUGUGAGUGCAAAGAGAAGAAAAUGUGUGUGAACGCUCACGUAUGGACCAAAAGCAAGUUUAUGGGCAUGUCAAUAGGUGUUUCUAUGGUAGGUGAAGGUGUUCUUUACUUGAUGGAACAUGAAGAAGAGUAUGUUUUCACCCUGCCUAGUGCCUAUGCUCGCUCGAUACUUACCAUCCCGUGGGUGGAGCUUGGAGGGAAAGUCAACAUCAAUUGUGCCAGAACAGGCUAUUCUGCGACGGUCACGUUCCACACCAAGCCAUUCUAUGGAGGGAAGGUCCACAGGGUUACAGCCGAAGUGAAACACAAUCCCACUAACACCAUUGUAUGCAAGGCACAGGGAGAAUGGAACGGUACGCUGGAAUUUACUUACAGCAACGGAGAAACCAAAGUGAUUGACACUAACAAACUGCCUGUUAUCAGGAAAAAGAUUAGGCCAAUAGAAAAGCAAGGCCCGCUGGAAUCAAGGCACCUUUGGCAACACGUCACCAAUUCUCUGAAAGAAGGUAAUAUUGAUGCAGCAACAGAACACAAGCACCGCCUUGAAGAGAGACAGCGAGCAGAGGAGAGGCAACGUGUGGCUCUUACAACGGCGUGGAAACCAAAAUAUUUUGCCAAAGAGGGUGAUGGCUGGCUGUACUUGAAUCCUCUCUGGAAGACCCAUUGACGGGAUAGAGCAGCUGCCUCAUAACUUCACCUUAAAGGCAUUAAAAUGAUACAGUAUAUAACUU